AUGGACAAAGAUGGCUUCGAGAAGUUCCUGGAUGCCUCGUGGUCUGCUUUCCGUAAGCAGCUCUUGGAGGCCUACCCGGAAAACCAAACCACUGCAUCUCCUCUGGAUGUGCAGCUGAAGCUCGCCGAGCUUGAAAAACAUCUUCAAGAAGCAAGGGUUUCCAAGAAGCGCCCUUCUCUCCAGGAAUCCCUGGCCGUCGGCCCUAUCGCCUCAAACGUCAGCAGCCGGGCUUCCGGGCGGCGCGGGGGCCUUUUAUCCGCCUCAGCCCCUGCAUCGGACUCCGGCGCUCGCUCUGGGUCACCGCAGAUGCUGACAAUUGAGACCGAGUCGAUGUCCUCCCCGUUGCACAUCGAGGAUACGCCACCACAGUCCCCCAAGUUCACGGUACCCUUCCUUGGUGCUGGGCUUCUUGGGCUCACCGACGACGAGGCGCAAUCCAUUCGCCAUCGCCUGCGGGUGCGUCUGGGCGUCAUCUCCGCGAAGCAGCUGGUGUCGGGAAGGUCGCUCCACGACUCAGUGGUGGCUUUGGGCCUUACACGUUACAGCGUGGAGGAGAUGGAUGAGCUGGUGAACUUACUCGCUGACUUCAUCGGACUUCAGUUCGCACAGGAUCCGAAUGCUCCGCGAAACAGCCGGCGCUCGUCGAGGACGGCGGCGACAUCGCUGUUCAGUUUGCAGCAGGACCUGCAAAAGUUUGGCGACCCGAUCUGGCAGUGGCCCACCAUCCGGGAAUCUGGGCUCAUGCACCGGAGCGCCUCCAUGCAGAUUUUCGUCGAGAAGGCCGCCCGAAGUUCUCUCAACGUCGUCCCGGCCCAGGCGCUGAUGGAGCUCUUUUUCGCACAGGAGUGGGAUCUGCACAAGCGCAUCUUUGGCGCGGGUCGUCUUCUCAAGCAGUUUAAGGCCAUGAAGGAGAUUCUUCUUGCUGGUGACACGAACCGGCUCGUGGCCGAGCUCACCUUCGUGAGAAUCAAUGAUCUCGCGGCGCCUCCUGAGCCGAUCCACCCACUGGUCUACAUCGAGCCACUGGUGGCACUGCUGAUCGUCGGAAAUGGAGUCAUGAUUGGCUUCCAAACGCAUCCGGACCAUAAAGACUGGGAUUAUUGGACCCACGUGGAGAUUGCAUUUGUGAGCGUGCUCGUGCUGGAGAUCGCUUUGCGAAUGCAUUUCCUGCGUUGUCAGAAUUUCUGGUGCGGGACAGACUGGUUUUGGAACUAUUUCGACAUUGUACUCGCCAUAACUGGGGUGGUGGAUAUCUUGGUGCAGCUGGUGCACGACGAAGACUUCGACAUUUUCGGUACAUCUCUGCUGAGGUUCUGCCGCCUAAUCCGGCUGGUACGCAUCGUGAAGGUCUUCCGCCUGAAGUUUAUGCGGGAUCUGCGACUGAUGGUCAAGGGCCUUGUUGCAGGUGUCCGCACGCUUACGCUGGCCUUCACCUUGCUGUUUUGUGUCCUUUAUGUCAUUGGUGGAUUUGCUACGAUGACAAUCGGGAGCGACUCGAGAACAACGGAUGAAGACUUGAUGAAGUACUUCGAUAAUCUUCCGCAGUGCAUGUUCACCGCCUUCCGGUGCUUCACUGGCGACUGUGUGAACGACAGAGGAGAGCCCAUUACACACCUCCUGGCCCGGUUGUUUGGAUACAAAUUCAUCCUGCCCUAUGUGAUCAGCUACAUGCUCGUUGCAAUGGGCAUAUUCAAUGUCAUUCUGGCUGUCUAUGUUGACAUCACGAUGAAGGCUGCCAAGGAAAACGAAGCAGUGACCGCGGAGCAGUAUGCACGGGAGUCCAUCCGGGUGGCGCGAACCACACGCGAGCUCCUCAAGCGUUUUGCAUCAGCUUACCGCCUCUUCCACGACAUGGAGGACGACAGCGCGGAAGUUUCCCAUCUGGAGAUUAGCCCAGGCAAGACGGUCUUCACGGAUGAAGAUGUGCACGAAGGUAUUGCGAUCACUAAAGAUCUUUUUCUUCUCGUGAUCCAAGACCGCGGCGUGCAGCAGUUAAUGGAUGAGCUGGACCUGCCGCCGGAUCGGGCGAAUCUCUUCGAGAUUAUCGAUGCUGAUGGCAGUGGGACAUUAAGAAUUUCCGAGCUGGUGCAGGGUCUCCUCAAGAUCCGCGGGGAAAUUAGCAAGAGCGAUGCCAUUGCCGCUCUGUUAGCCACGAAAGCUGUGUACUCCAUGUUGGAGGAGAUUCGUCAAGAGACUGGGAAGGGUUUGGACGAUUUGAAAGACCUGACUUUGCGCAGUGUAAGCUUUCUACAUGCGGAACAUUCCAGAGCGGCCUCCGCAGACACCUCUCACGGUCGUGAAAUUCGCGAGCUGGCUCCUGACAUAGCAGAGCGUAUUGCCUUCAGUCGGCAAAAGUACAGAAUUGAAGGCCCGCCUGAAGAAGUGCCCUUGCCAAUCUUGACGAUGUCAAAGCAAUAUCUGACCUGUGUGCCCAGCGGAGACGCAGAUGCCGACUUCUGGCUCGGUCUGCGGAAGCAGUUUCCUGGAGUUCCCCAAGCAGCUGUGGAGCUGCUGACGCGUCGCUUCGCGCGCUGCACGUCCAGGGUGCAAAGCUGGCACAGCAAAGCAGCGCGGGGCGAGGGCAAGUUGGUCCUGGAACUUCAAGACGGCCAAUGCAUUGAGACCGUCAUCAUCGAGCAUGGUGGUCCGAAACCUCGAGCAACCGUUUGUGUGUCCAGCCAGAUCGGCUGCAAAAUGGGCUGCCGCUUCUGUGCCACAGGCACCAUGGGUCUGCGAGCACAGCUGCAUGCUGGCGAGAUUUUGGAGCAGGUACUGCAUGCCAAGCAGUACGCAAGCCCUACUGCGCCCAUCCGAAACGUUGUUUUUAUGGGCAUGGGUGAGCCGCUCGACAACUACCGCGCCGUUCUGGGGGCGCUGAAGGCAUUGGCCAUCGGCAGCCGUGCAUUUGGUCUUGCCUUGAAGAAUGUGACAGUGUCAACUGUUGGAGUUCCUGGCAAAAUCCGGCAGCUGGCCACUGACUGCCCGGCCGCCAACCUGGCGCUCUCAUUGCAUGCACCAAUGCAGGACCUUCGGAGCACAAUCGUACCGAGUGCAACCAGCAACCAGCUCGAUGCACUCCUGCGCGAGGUGGAUGAAUAUGGUGCCUUGACGGGCAACAAGGUCAUGAUGGAGUACAUCCUAAUCGAGGGUGUGAACACGUCUGCAGAAACGGCGCAUGCUUUGGGCUCUCUGCUGGCCCGCCAGCGAGCACUCGUCAUGCUCAACCUGAUCCCCUACAAUCCAACGGCGAGUGGUGAUGGGAAUGGGUACCAAGCUCCGACGGACGCGGCAUGCAAGGUGUUCCGCAAUAUUGUUGCGGAGUACCGUCGAUGCUGCGAUGCUCCAGGAAGUGCCAGUAUCGCAGAUGCACAGGCGGGCGCCCCGCUGCUGUGCACCAUUCGCUGGAGCACCGUACCUGGCCAGGCCCAACUGGCAGCCUGCGGACAGCUGGCUCUGGAGUCGGCAAAGCCCGCCAAACCAGCGCAGCUGCAUGACAUCGAGGACAUGCCGCUCGUGAGCAUUGCGAGGAAAGUGGUGAAGCAAGCGCCACUGCCUCCACUCGUCGAUGGCCUUCUGUGGCUGCUGGCUGCCGUUACUGGCACAGGCGCGAUCUGCUGGAUCCUCGUCCACAGCCACAAAAAAGACGUCCUUGUGAUGUUGCAGUGCGGGUGUCGCCUUCGCAUCAUGCGGCAGGGAGUCCUCUUCAAACGCCAGAUUCUGAGCAGCAGGGCGGUACUCUCUCCACCUGUUUCAUUCGCCCUGGUCUUGCCUUUGGCAGCUGAGGUGGUCCGGCGAGACCGUUCCUCUGAGGUCAUCGUCAAUCUCACGUCCGCAACGGCGCUCCUUCCGGAGGCAAGGUCAAGAUGGCUAUGCCGAGCGCUGGAGACCGUUGCAACGGGACAGACACGCCCCAGUGAUCUCUUCGAUAUUUGCAGCCAUUCGCGCUUCGCGGAAGGAGUGCCCUCGUCGGUUGCUGCUCAGAUGCUCGAGGACUUACGUCAGCAGUCUAGCCUUUUCCCGGAGAAGCUGAGGAAGGCUAUCCUGGAGGAGGAGAUUCCUUUGGGCGAGAAAAAGAGAAGCGCCGUGCAGCGCGCGCAGGCGCAACAGAAGGUCAAUCCAGCAGCGGAGGAGAUGCUGUCCAGGUGCAUCGACUUCGUCCGCCAGAACGAAUCUGCCAUCCAGGCGGUGCACGCACUGGAAUCGAAAACGUACCAGGUCGACCUCUCCCGAACUUCCCUGCAGCAAGUCUGGGGCAUCACCUGGUCGCGCCCGGAAUUCGAGCAGCAGCGGCGAGUCGUUCAAAGCGUCGUGCCUGGAAGUCCUGCUGACAGGUGGAACCAGGAGCAGACGAGGUCUGGAGGGAGGACUUUCCAAGCCGGGGAUGUUCUGGCGGCCGUCAAUGGCAAGAAGACCUGGGAGGACAUGGCCACCUUCAAAGACUUGUUAGAGGCACGACUGGUGUUUGUUCGAGAGUCUGAGGAGCCUCAACAGGAGAAGGAGAAAGCCGGGCCAGCCCUGACUGCUGCUGCAGAGGGCCUGGCACCACCUCCCUUUGCUUCUGGAGACUACAUCCUGGACUCGUCUGGCAGUGGUUGGUGGGGCCAUCCGAGUGGCGAUUGGCUGUUCAACAAGUCCGAGGGCAUCUACUUCCACUCCGCAAGCACGAAGCUCUUCAUGGAGGAUCCACGAGCACCCGGCCGGUUUCUGCCCGUGGGAGGCGACACAGCCGACCUCGGGGCACCUGCCCGGCUUCGCGGACGCAUUCGCUGGUUCUCUCGCAGCAAGGGCUUUGGUUUCGUUGCGCCCUGGCCGAUGAGCCCGGAUGCACCACCAGGUGUGGGCGAAGACGUGUUCCUGCACCGAAGCCAACUCCUUCCACCAGAAUUGGACGAAGGAGGUGCGGCUUUGCCACGGCUGCCACUGGUGCCCGGAGCUCCGGUAGAGUUCGACCUGGGCAUGCAGGAUGGCAAGCCCAGCGCAGUCGGCGCGCAACAACGCCUGGACCUUCACGGCCUUUGCCGCGCUGGAUUUGCUGGCAUGUCUUGCACGCGGCAAGUGGAGCCAGCGCCCAUCAACUUGAAGGCAGAAUCUGGUCAUUCGUUGGUGGGCUGCUUUGCCGGGCUGGUGACAGGCCGACAUGGCAUGGGAGGUGCAGAGUUCGUGGCUUUGAAUUUGGCCAAGGACCUCGGCACGAGCUUCCAAGGCCGAGAACAGGGCGGUCGACGUGGAGCCCAGGCAGCUAUGCUUGCAGGGUUCCAGAGGACCCAGCACGGCUUCCUGCAGUAUGCCCAACGAUUGAGCGACAAUUCCGCGAAGCUGUGGCUGUCAGCAGAAACGAGUGCCUGCUGCGUGUUGGUAUUCGGCCCCGACAAGAACGGCAUGGCUGCAGCGGUGCUCGGCGACGCCGGGUCCGGCCGGGGCUUGGUGGUGGCUCGGGACGGCCAAAUCACUUCACGUCUAGGUGCUGCCGGGCCUAGCGGCGAGGAGAAGCCUGCACAGGACAGCUUGAAGGUCUUCGAGCACGGCCUGAAAGGUCCGUCCAUCAACUUCCCCUCCAUGCCAGGGGCACGUGGGCCUGCGCCUAAAGGCUUCGGCACGCAUGCCUACAGCGAAAAGGGUGGGUCGGCUGCUGGCCUGGCAGUGACGUUGGAUGUCUGUCAGCUGGACUGGGCAAACGAUGCUCUCAUUAUACUGGCAUCCGAAUCCUUCUGGGCGAUUGCAGAAGAAGAGAAGGCUGCCAAGUCUGCCCUGGCAGCUGUUGUCGCGCAUCAAUCUCCGGAGCAGGCGCUGAUGCAGGAUGUUCAAGCCGCGCGGCGUGGUGCAAAAGCAGAUGAUUUGGCGAUAACAGUCCUGCGCUUCACGUGGGUGGACCUCACUGACGGUGGCAAGGCAAGCGACGAGGUCAUCCCCCGCCCAGCCAAGCGGAGGCGCAAGAACCCAAAGGCAAGGGUGGUCCAGGAGGUCGACGACAUCUUUGCGCAGCCCGGGGAUGGCGAGGGCCAGGAAGUGUCCGAAGAGGACGAAGAAGAGGAAGAGGAUGACUCGGAAGAGGAGGCCAGAGGUGCCGCUACGUCGACCGAGUGCAUGAACGUGGUAUCCGGUGGUGAGCUGGAGGAGGCAGCAAGCAUGCGCGGGACGGAUCCACAACCCGCAGCAGAGGACGCGAGCGCCUCCCAUAUGGACGCUGCACCAGUGCCCGAGGUCACUCACGAUGC